AUGGAAAGAAAAGAUAAAAGGCGCAAAGUUUUUGUUGGAGGCCUCUCAUGGGACACCAAUGAGGCGUCUCUUGUUGCUUACUUUGAACGCUUCGGUAAAGUUAUUGAUGCGGUGGUGAUGCGAAAUCGUGAAACAGGGCAACCUCGAGGCUUCGGUUUUGUAACUUUCGAAGAAGAGGGAGUGGCGCAAGCUGUGGCGUCCUUGGAGCGUCACGAACUGGAUGGACGAUUAGUGGAAACGAAAGUUGCUGUCCCAAAGUCUGCUGAAGAUCCUGAGUCCAACACUGUUGUGGACACUGCGCAACGGUAUGGGCCAUCCGGGCUGGGCGAGAAGCCGUCACGAAGGGUUUACGUGUCGGGACUUCCCCAGGCUUGUACUGAGGACGAUCUGCGCGCGUUCUUUUCACGCUUCGGAUCACUCGAAGCUGUUCGAGUGGUUGUCGACCACCAUACAGGGCUCUCGAAGGGUUAUGGUUUCGUUGUCUUCGCAGAAACUGCUGCCUCUCAGAAGGUACAGUCACUCGAUCCAGAGAACUUCGUAAUUAGAGGGAGCGCUUUCCGAGUCAAAGUAAGAUGUUGCCGAAAUAACGAAUCAUCGCGCCCGAAACAUACAAACGGGAACCCCUGGGGACUUACUCCCGACGCACUCCUGAAAAGCGCUCAUGACGGAAAUCAUCAAGGAUACAGUUUUGACGACAUGGGUGUCGAUACCGGAAUCGUAGCCCAGUAUCUUCAUGCUGUCUAUGGUGGUGACCUUGCAUACUGGGAAAAAUGGGCGAGAGAGGUUCGAACGGCGAAUCGGCCCCAAGAUGAAAUGCUCUGA